GUUAAGUUAGUGUUUGUACUUUCGUCACAAUGACUAGUUACACAUUUUUGUCUCUAUGUUUCUUGACAACAUAUUACAGUUUUGUGUUGUGUGAUUAUUACAAAAAUGAUUCACCUUUACUUAAUUCUCCGUUUAAUAAUGAACAAAUUAAGAAUCAAUUAGACCACAUUCAUAUCACCUACGAGAACAUUCCUACAAUUACACGUGAAAUCUUCAAGAAACUUUCCUUAGUGAAAAAAUUAGAAAUUGAGUUUUGCAAUGUGAAAUCGGUUGAAAAAAAUUCUUUCUGGGGAUUAGAAAACUUACGGAAACUCAGUCUCAAGCACAAUUUACUUACCGAAAUACAAAAUAAUACCUUUUCUGGAACCAACAUUGAAGAAUUGGAUCUAAGUGAUAAUCAAAUUGAAAGGAUCGAAAGUACGGCAUUUGGACAUAUGCACAAUCUGAGAAGCCUCAAGUUGAAAAACAACAGGAUUCAAACUUACCAAAACACGUGGUUUAAAUUAACUCCCAACUUAUGUUCUCUCAACCUCCAAAACAAUUUCAUUACUUCUUUGCCAGCCAGAAUUUUGGAUAGAAGAGGAAUUUGGUCGUGCAGUAUUGACCUAAUUCUUAGUUACAACCGUAUUGAAGAAGUAGAUGAGGAAGCUUUUUCCAAUUACAAAUUUAACAAAUUGUAUUUAGACCAUAAUAACAUUAAUGUUCUUCCUAGCAAGGUUUUCAGCAAUUCGAUUCAAAUUAUGGAUUUAAAACUGAAUAACAAUCGCAUUGUUUGUACUUUACCCGAAAUGAAAACAGUGCAAAGAUACGAUGUGAGUGCUAAUUUGUGGGAUGAAAAAUGUUUGCUGGAAUUUGAAGACAAAAAGGUAACAACUUCCACUCAAGAAGCUAGUACUACUGAAAGGGUCUUCCGUUAUCCUCCUGGUAGAGAUAUUUUUCCACCACCCUUUCACUCCUCUAUGGGUAGAUUUAGAUAUAGAAGUCGACCACCAUAUUAUAUGCGCUUUUAAAAAAUAUUAUCUUGGUAAACUGUGACUAAAUAUUUGUUAUUUAUGAUUGUUGCACCUUUGUAAAAAUAAAUUUACAUUUGAGUUUAA